AUGCGCAAGGUGAUGGCAGCGCCACUAGCGGUGGUGAGCGGCGAGGACUGUGAAGGUGGCAGAGGAGAGACGGAGUGGGUGGACCUGGGUAUCGACCUGGGGGUGGACCUGGGGGUGGACCUGGGGGUGGACCUGGGAGUGGACCUGGGUGUAGACCUGGGGGUGGACCUGGGGUUGGACCUGGGUGUAGACCUGGGGGUGGACCUGCGGUUGGACCUGGGACCUGGGGUGAACCUGGGGGUGGACCUAGGUGUAGACCUGGGGGUGGACCUGGGGGUGGACCUGGGGUGGACCUGGGGUGGACCUAGACCUGGGUGUAGACCUAGGAAUGGACCUGGGGGGGACCUGGGUGUGGACCUGCGGGUGGACCUGGGUGUGGACCUGCGGGUGGACCUGGAGGUGGACCUGGGGGUGGACCUGGGUGUAGACCUGGGAAUGGACCUGGGGGUGGACCUGGGUGUGGACCUGGGACCUGGGGUGGACCUGGGGGUGGACCUGGGGGUGGACCUGGGGGUGGACCGGGAGGUGGACCUAGGGGUGGACCUAGGGGUGGACCUGGGUGUAGAACUGGGUGUAGACCUGGGGGUGGACCUGCGGGUGGACCUGGGGGGACCUAAGGGUGGACCUCGGUGUAUACCUGGGUGUAGACCUGGGGGUGGACCUUCGGGUGGACCUGGGGGGACCUGGGGGGACCUGGAGGUGGACCUGGGGGUGGACCUGGGGGUGGACCUGGGGGUGGACCUGGGGUUUGACCUGGGGGUGGGCCUGGGAGUGGACCUGGGGGUGGACCUGGGGGUGGACCUGGGGGUGGACCUGGGGGUGGACCUGGGUGUGGACCUGGGGGUGGACCUGGAGGUGGGCCUGGAGGUGGGCCUGGGGGUGGACCUGGGGGGUGGACCUGGGGUGGACCUGGGGGUGGACCUGGGGGUGGACCUGGGGGUGGACCUGGGGGUGGAACUGGGGGUGGAACUGGGGCUGGACCUGGGGGUGGACCUGGGGGUGGACCUGGGGGUGGACCUGGGGGUGGACCUGGGGGUGGACCUGGGGGUGGACCUGGGGGUGGACCUGGGGGUGGACCUGGGGGUGGACCUGGGGGUGGACCUGGGGGUGGACCUGGGGGUGGACCUGGGGUCUACCGGGGGGUGGACCUAG